AUGGCUUCUGUCGAUCUGCAAGAAAAAGCAAAUUUUACAAGACUCAGUAGACUUCUAGUUGACAAAGGAACUCAGGCCUUAAGAAAUAAAUUUGAUAAAAUCCAUCCACUUGUUAGUCUACCCAGACUACUGGCUGCAAACAAAACAUCUCUUCAAAAGUUAAAACCUCGAGUUAUUAAUAAUUCCCAGUGGGAUUUACUGUUUCCUUCGUCUGGCAACCCACCAGACUCCAAAACCUUUGAUGUCACGUUACUUACAGUUCUAUUCCGGAACAUUUGUGGUUUUCCAUCAACAGGAUGGAGUGUAAUGCCUCCGGAUACUGAUAGAUCAGAGCAAGCGAAUAUCACAAGAAUCAAGUGUUACAGAAAUGAAGUUAUUGCACAUGUAACAACAACUCGAGUUGACAAUUCAACAUUUCAAUUUUUAUGGAAGAAAAUCUCCCAGGUGAUAGUAGAAUUGGGCGUUUCACAGAGUGAUGUGGACGAUUUAAAAAAAUGUCCUCUUGGGCCUGAAGAAGAAGUGUAUGUGCAAAAGCUUAAAGAUUGGAAACUGCACGAAGAUGAGUGUAUUAAAUUGCUUAAAGUAAUUGAAGCUGGUGUAAAUAAUGUAACACAAGUCACUGAAGAGACGCGCGAUGCAGUAAAUGAAACGCGCGAUGCAGUAAAUGAAACCCGCGAUGGAGUAAAUGAAACGCGCGAUUCAGUAAAUCAAAUGCGUCCGCUGUCAAUACCCGGGGACAGCAAUUCUCAAAAAAAAUCCCGCAUGGAAAGUGAUGAAGAUUUAUUGCGAAAACUUGCUAAGCAUAAUUUUAGGGGUAAAAUUAGAAGAAAAGUGAAUUUUUUCCUUCCUGGAACCAGAGAGUGGUUGUUAGAGGAAAUUAACGAGUGGUUUCAAAAGUGUGACAGCGAUUCGAGAAUGAAGUUAAUAACAGCUGGACCAGGAUUUGGUAAAAGCGUUUUUGCCGCUAAAAUAUGUGAAGAUUUUGAGAAGAAAGGAAAGCUCGCUGCCUGUCACUUUUGUGAUUUCAGUGAUCCAAACCUAAGAGAUCCUAUGGUAAUGCUGCAGUCUCUCGCAAGUCAGAUGUGUGAGAAUGUCCCUGGUUUUAAAGAGAAGCUUCUUGAUCAGUUAAAGCAACCUCAUCAAGUCUAA